GUUUGUCGUGGUGUAUCUCAUCAUGGCGGCAGAGCGGGUUAUCCCGCUGCGCUUCGUGUCCCGACAGGAGCUCGGCCCGUGCUACAGCCCCUUGUCCCCAGGCCUCCGGCCUGUGGACUCUGCCGCCGCCUCCCUCCCGCGCUGCGCGGGGGAAAGCGCCGGCCACUCCCAGGUCCGGCUGCUUGGGGUGGCUGCUGCCAACUAUGGGCGCCAUAAUUCUUUAAUGAAUUAAACGUUCAGUAAGAUUAGACGGGAGGGGGUUUGGGGUUUUUUUUCUCCUGUAGGCUUAGGGGGAAGUCGCGCCGUGUGGAGGCUGGCUCUGAGCUCAGAGGGCUUUGGCAAUUGCCAGUGAAAGAUCCUUUUCGUUCUUGACAAAGGUUGGCUCCCGGUAUCAGAGAAAGGAGAAUACAGUAUUUUGGGUGGAGUGCUCAGCUUCCAGACUUCACUUUGUUCUUCACAACUUGGAGGGAUAUGAAGGCAAUUGGAAGAGUGCUUUGUGCUACAGGAAUUGUAGCUGGGCUCAUAGCUUUCUUCUGGAAAGACCCUUUUAUCCCAGAGAACUUGUCUGGUGCCCGUGUUCUCCUGACUGGAGCCAGUGCUGGGAUUGGAGAGCAGAUGGCAUAUCAUUAUGCCAGAUUUGGUGCUGAAAUUGUUUUGACUGCUAGGAGAGAAGCUGUGCUGCAGAAGGUGAUGGAGAAAUGCCUGACACUUGGAGCAAAGAAAAUAUUUUAUAUCCCUGCAGAUAUGUCUUCCCCUUCAGAACCUGAAAAGGUGGUUCAGUUUGCUGUCCAAAAGCUGGGGGGACUGGAUUAUCUGGUGUUGAACCACAUUGGCAUGACCCAUUUCCAGAUGUGGACAGGAGAUGUGGAAUACACCCGCUGGCUCAUGCAGGUGAAUUUCUUCAGUUAUGUGGCACUUACAACAGCAGCUCUUCCCACCCUGGAGAAGAAUAGAGGCUCGCUGGUGAUUGUUUCUUCCCUCACAGGGAAAAUACCCACUCCCUUCACCACUUCUUAUUCUGCCACCAAGUUUGCACUGGAUGGAUUCUUCAGCUCAUUGCGCCACGAACUCAUCAUGCAGAAGAGAAACGUCUCUGUCACACUGUGCAUCCUGGGUCUGAUUGAUACUGAUACAGCAUUACAGAAUACCAGGGGCAAAGUGCACAUAAGUGCUUCGCCUGCUCCUGAAGCCGCACUCGCCAUCAUCCGGGGAGGUGCUACACGGGUGCAGGAGGUUUUCUACCCCUGGUGGCUGCAGCAGGUGUGCUGCCUCUGGGUUUUGUUCCCCACCAACCGGGGCCAGGUUUUAAGGAGUUACUAUAACUACAGCAGUCCUUAA